CAUGCAGAACAGCUUGUUGAAAUCCCAACUUUAAAAAGAAUACUUAAUUGAAAAAAUGAUAAAGGAAACAUUUAACCCUACUGGAUAUCAAUCAUGGAUUCAAGAAAAUUGUAUUAGGAUUGCAGAAUCCUAAAAUUAUUUUGUGAUUUGCUUUUAUUAACUCAGAGAAAUAUUUAGAUCAUAAUGAGAGGAUGAACUUUUCUCAUUUAAUGGAUAAGCGUAAACUAAAACCCAUUAAAGAAAGUAAGAUAGUUAGACCUGAAAUUUUUUGUUAUUGCUGAUACUUAUUUAAUGGUGCAUCAAAAAUUUUAAGAAUUAAAAAUCUUAAAGUCAAGC